AUGGCUGCCAACAUGGAAGUGGUGGACAUCCUUGUUGUGGUAGCCUACUUCAUCGUCGUACUGGCGAUUGGCUUCUUGUCCCUGUGCAGGUCCAACAGGAACACGGUGAGCGGCUACUUCCUGGCCGGCCGCUCCAUGAGCUGGGUGGCUGUCGGUGCCUCUCUGUUUGUCAGCAACAUCGGGAGUGAACAUUUCAUCGGACUCGCCGGAUCGGGUGCCGCGAGCGGUCUAGGCGUGGCCGCAUGGGAAUUAAAUGCCCUGUUGCUGCUCCAGUUAUCAGGCUGGAUCUUCACACCUGUCUACAUCUUCUCUGGGGUCUUCACCAUGCCAGAAUAUUUGUCCAAGCGCUAUGGCGGGAGGAGACUGCAAGUGUACAUUGCCGUGUUAUCGCUCAUCCUUUACACCCUCACCAAGAUGUCUGUGGACCUCUACGCCGGAGCCUUGUUCAUCCAGGAGUCUUUGGGCUGGAACCUGUAUUUGUCAAUCAUUCUGCUCAUCACCAUGACGGCUUUGCUGACUAUCAGUGGAGGUCUUGUUGCGGUCAUCUACACAGACAUGGUCCAAGCCGCCCUCAUGGUCGUUGGUGCCAUCUGCCUUACAUGCAUCAGCCUUUACCAAGUGGGCGGACUUGAAGGAAUGAUGACCAAGUACAUGCAGGCUGCUCCGAACAUCACAGCCAUCCUGUUGUCCUACCCCAACCUUACAUACUCUGAAUCUUGCCACCACCACCUCAACCCAAAGCCAGAUGCUCUGAAGAUCCUUCGAGGACCCAAGGAUCCAGAUCUACCAUGGCCCGGGUUCCUUCUGGGACAGACUCCUGCCUCUAUUUGGUACUGGUGCACAGAUCAAGUGAUUAUGCAGCGCAUCCUUGCAGCAAAGAACAUUGCCCAUGCCAAAGGUUCUACCAUCAUGGCCGGCUUCUUGAAAAUCCUGCCCAUGUUUGUCAUUGUCAUUCCAGGGAUGAUCUCCAGGAUCUACUUUGCCAAUGACUUGGCGUGCAUCAGCCCGGAGCACUGCAUGGAAGUGUGCGGGUCCACGUCUGGCUGUACCAACGUGGCCUACCCACGGCUUGUCAUGGCCAUGAUGCCGGUCGGUCUUCGCGGCCUGAUGAUGGCCGUCAUGAUUGCGGCUCUCAUGAGUGACUUGGACUCCAUUUUCAACUCAGCAAGCACUGUAUUCACGUUGGAUAUUUACAAGAUGCUGCGAAAGCAAGCAUCUUCCAGGGAGCUGGUGAUUGUGGGCCGGCUGUUCGUAGUCUUUAUGGUGAUCGUGAGCAUUGCCUGGGUGCCCGUCAUCAUCGAGAUGCAGGGAGGCCAGGUGUUCUAUUAUAUCCAGGAACUCUGCGAUUACAUGACUCCUCCCAUCGCAGCCCUCUUCUUACUCGGCGUCUUAUGGCACCGCUGUAAUGAGACAGGCGCCUUUUGGGGCGGGAUGGCCGGCUUUGCCCUUGGACUUCUACGUCUGGCGUUAGCGUUUGCAUAUCGUGAACCUCACUGCAGCAUGCCGGAUGAGCGGCCAGCAUUUAUCAAGGAUGUCCAUUUCAUGUAUGUGGCAGCCAUCCUGUUUUGGGUUUCUGCUCUGGUGACUGUGGUUGUGAGUCUCUGCACGCCUCCACCCACAACGGACCAAAUCCAAACCACAACCUGGUGGGGGUUAAACCAACGAAAGCGAGACCAGAAAGAAAAAUCUAGGGAAGAAAUGAGGAGUUUGAAACCUCUAAAUCAGAAGGUUGAUGGCGGUGAAGAAGGUCCUCCUGUCCCAAAUGGUUGCCAUCUUGUGAUUCCUGAUGGUAACGCGCAAGAAAAGCCAGAUUGCGAGGAGGAAGAGGAAGCAGGUGGGGUAGAAGACAAGCCAUGCAAUGUGGUUCUUAAAUGCUUCUUGGGAUUUCAGGAGAGGAGAACUAAAGCUCAGGUCAUGACAGUGCAAGAUCAUGAAGAACGGGUGGAUGAGCUUCUCCAGGAAUCUCAUCAAACUAAAAUAAUCCUAAACGUAGGGAUGGUGGCGAUUUCCUGCAUAGGGGUCUUUCUCUUAAUCCAUUUCUCCAUUUAGGGAA